UCUACCUAUUUACGACGACGAGGACGAUGAGGUAGUGCCCGAAACUCAAAAUUUGGGCGACGAGGACGAGGACGAUGAAUAUAAUGUGGAUGAAGACGUGGGCAACGAAGAAGAUGACGCUCGGGAUAAAAAGGGAAAAAUGACGAGCGCAAAAUGGACAAAGGUCCAAGAAGAGGCGUUGGCGAAGGCGUGGGUACAUUGCUCUACCAACAAAAAGAAGGGCAAUCAACAAAACCGCGAUAGUUUUUGGCGUAAGAUUUUAGAUCAUUUUAACGCCACCGUUGGUGGAAGUAAUCGGACCGUGCAUCAAGUACGGUCUAAAUGGAACCCGAUACUGACGAAAAUAAACUUUUUCAACGGCCUAUACCAACAAGCGGAUCGCACACGAGGAAGCGAAUGUAAGGAUCUCGACGUGAUGAAAGUCGCUUUAAAAGAAUUUAAAGAGAGAUUUCCGAACGGUUUUCAACAUGUCGAGGCGUGGGAGGUCGUUCGAAAACACGACAAAUGGGCCCAAGUCCCAUUGUUGGGUGAGGAAGGGGAAGGUUCGGCAUAAAAAAGAAAGCCCGUUGACGUGGACCCUUCCAUACCCGAUAUGAACGAAGACCCCUCGCCACAAAGAACACAACGGCGAGACAAGCGUCAAGCGACAUCGUCCGAGGGAAGCUCGCACUACAAGAAAUCAGGGUGUUUACCUACACAUAAUUUACCAACACAUGUAAAUGUGUGGGUAAAUACCUACACAUUUUUUAUAUGUGUAGGUAAUGACUGAUGAUAUAUUUUCAUAAUAACUAACAUUUAAUAUGUGUUGGUAAUUUGUUUUAUCCACAUUUGACAAUUGACAAUGGUGGGAAAAUUUCCCCCCAAGAAUGAAGAGUCAUUAAUAACAAAUUACUCACACAUCUGACAUUUUUUGUUAUGUGUAGAUAAAUUAUCUACACCUAUGUAAAAAAAUAUAUGUGUGUGUGGGUUAUUGAUUAUCUUUACCAACACAUAUAUUUGUAAAUAAAAUAUAGACAAAUUAAGUAGAUACAUAUAUAUAUAUUUUUUUUGUUAGAAAUGACGUGACAAAUGAAUACCUACAGAUAUUUAAAAAUAUACAAUAUGUGUAGAUAUUAACCACAUAUAAAUUAAGUAAAUUAAUAUUUAUUUCACUUUUUUUGAAUGACCAUAAUGUAAUCUUACUUUACUCGAACCUAAAUUUACUCAACGCCUAAAUUGAGGUUAAAACCCAACACCUUUUGUGUGAGGGCUUAACUACACUGAUGUAAA